AUGUUACUUAGGAAGUCUUCGUCUAUGCCCCUAUAUCCAAAAUGGGUUGAAAUGGCUACAAAACAAUUGAAAGGUAAAGAUCCAGAAACAUUAGUAUGGCAUACUACUGAAGGAAUUGAUAUCAAACCACUAUAUACUGUAAAAGAUCGUGAAAAAGAUUUUAAAAGUGAUAGUGUUGAGUUACCAGGUCAAUUUCCUUAUACAAGAGGACCAUAUCCUACUAUGUAUACUCAACGCCCCUGGACAAUUAGACAAUAUGCUGGUUUUUCUACUGUAGAAGAAUCUAACAAAUUUUAUAAAGAAAAUAUUAAAGCAGGCCAACAAGGAGUAUCAGUAGCUUUUGAUUUGCCAACUCAUAGAGGUUAUGAUUCUGAUAAUCCACGUGUAUCUGGUGAUGUUGGUAUGGCUGGAGUAGCUGUAGAUUCUGUUGAAGAUAUGAAAGCUCUUUUUGAUGGAAUUCCUUUAGAUAAAAUAUCUGUAUCUAUGACAAUGAAUGGUGCAGUCAUUCCUAUUUUAGCAAUGUAUAUUAUUGCUGGAGAAGAGCAAGGUGUUGAUCAAAAAUUAUUAUCUGGAACAAUCCAAAAUGAUAUUUUAAAAGAAUUUAUGGUUAGAAAUACUUACAUUUAUCCUCCAGAUCCAUCUAUGAGAAUAAUUGGUGAUAUAUUUGCUUACACAGCUAAACAUAUGCCUAAGUUUAAUUCAAUUUCAAUUUCUGGAUAUCAUAUUCAGGAAGCAGGUGCUGAUGCAGUUUUAGAAUUAGCUUUUACUAUUGCUGAUGGUUUACAAUAUUGUCAAACUGGUUUAAGUGCUGGUUUGUCCAUAGAUGAAUUUGCCCCAAGAUUAUCUUUCUUUUGGGGAAUUUCAAUGAAUUUUUAUAUGGAAAUUGCUAAAAUGAGAGCUGGUAGGAGAUUAUGGGCACAUUUAGUUAAAGAAAGAUUUAAUCCAAAAAAUCCACGUUCAACUAUGUUGAGAACACAUUCACAAACUUCUGGAUGGUCUUUAACUGCUCAAGAUCCAUAUAAUAAUAUUAUUAGAACAACAAUUGAAGCAAUGGCUUCUAUAUUUGGAGGUACACAAUCUUUACAUACAAAUGCAUAUGAUGAAGCAAUUUGCUUACCAACAAAAUUUUCAGCUCGUAUUGCUAGAAAUACCCAAAUAAUUCUUCAGGAAGAGUCUGGUAUUUGUAAAGUUGCUGAUCCAUGGGGUGGAUCAUAUAUGAUGGAAAGUUUAACUGAUGAACUAUAUACUAAAGCUAUGGAAAUUAUAAAAGAAGUUGAUGAAAUGGGUGGUAUGGCAAAAGCCGUAGCUAGUGGUAUGCCAAAAUUAAAAAUUGAAGAAGCUGCAGCUAAAAAACAAGCUAAAAUUGAUAUAGGUGAACAGGUCAUCGUUGGUGUCAAUAAAUACAAAUUGGAACAAGAAAAUCCAAUUGAAAUUCUUAAAGUAGAUAAUAAAAAAGCAACAGCUGCACAAUGUGCAAAAUUAAAACAUAUUAGAGAGACCAGAGAUUCUGCUAGAGCUGAAGCUGCUAUUAAAAAAAUUGUAGAUUGUUGUAAAGAUGGUGGAAAUCUUUUAGAGGCUGCAGUUGAGGCUGCUCGUGCAAGAGUUACUGUAGGAGAGAUGAGUGAUGCAAUGGAAAGUGUUUUUUCACGUUAUGCUGCUGUUAAUAGAAUGGUUUCUGGUGCCUAUAUUUCGUCAUUUGGUGAAUCAAGGGAAAUAGAUACAGUUAUACAUAGGGUUACAAAAUUUGCCGAAAAGGAGGGACGGCAACCACGAAUAAUGGUUGCCAAACUUGGUCAAGAUGGUCAUGACAGAGGAGCAAAAAUUGUAGCUACUGGUUUUGCUGACCUUGGAUUUGAUGUAGAUGUUGGUCCUCUUUUUCAAACACCUACUGAAGCUGCUCAGCAAGCUGUUGAUGCCGAUGUUCAUGUCAUUGGUGCUAGUAGUUUAGCUGCUGGUCAUUUAACAUUAGUUCCUCAAUUAGUUCAGGAAUUGAAGAGAUUAGGACGUGAUGAUAUUUUGGUAAUUGCCGGUGGAGUUAUCCCACAACAAGACUAUGAUGCAUUAUAUGAAGCUGGAGUAGCUUGCGUAUUUGGUCCAGGAACAAGGUUACCAGAUUGUGCCAAUGAAAUAUUAGAUAAAUUAGAAUCAAAGUUAAACAAAAAUUAG